ACGGCGCCUUAGGGCCCCAGCGGCGAGCCGUUUCCAUGGCGUCCGCGGCGUCCCUGGACUUGGGGCGGCUGGUGCAGGAGGCCGAGGCGCUGGCGAGCGCGGUGCGGGGCGCGCUCGGGCCGCGCGGGGGGCAGGUGCUCAUGACCCGCCCUACGGGAGAGACGCUGCUUACGCGGGACGGGAGGCGAGUGCUGGAGGCGCUGAACCUAGGCUCGCCUACGGCCAGAAUGAUGGUAGCUUGUGUCUCCAGUCACCACAACAUGACUGGAGAUGGUGCUAAAACAUUUAUCAUCCUAUUGUCCAAAUUACUCAGAGGACUUCAAGCAAUUCUUGAUAAAAGAGAAGGAUCUCCAUUUUGUGAGGAUAUUCAAAGGAGAGAAAGAGAUCAAAAACAUUGUCACAGUCUGAAGCAAAUAUCUCAGUCUCUUAUGACAUUUCAGACUCACAUAUUGGACCACAUCAUGGCACAAGACCUAAGAAAACAUUUUCUAUCUGCUUUUUCUAGUUGGGAAGGAGAGAUAAGUAGAGACACAAUGGAGUCAAUAUUAGAAGCUUACUUUUGUGGAAGAAUAGGAAAUAGUCAUCAGAAGCUUCUUUCCCAAUUGAGUUGUGAUUUCUAUUACAGGUGUAUACCUUUCAAAAAUGGUAAAAAUGAAAUGCUGGAUUUGGUGAAUGAAUAUUUUCUAGAAUUGCAUUCUGCUGUAACAGGUCUUCCUGUUUCAAAUUCCAGGAUCUUAGAGGGACUUGUUCUUCACAGAGAUUUUGCUGUGUACUGUCCAGCAGAUGGUGACAUAAGAAUGUUAAUUGUAACGGAAUCGAUUGACUCUGCUCUUUCUGCCUCUGGUUUAGAAUUUGUUGUAAAUGCAGAAGUUCAGUAUCAGGCUUCCCAAGUCUGGAUUACAAAAAGAACAGAAGCUAUAAUGAAACACUUGCAGAACAACAAUAUAAAAGUAUUAUUAUCAAGUGUGAAACAACAGGAAAUAGUUAUUUACUAUGCAAAAAUAAGUGGUAUAUCUAUUGUAGAGUGUUUAUCAUCAGAAGAAAUCUCUCUUCUCUGCAAGACCACAGGUAUCUCACCUUUUAUACCUACUCAGGACAAUAUACAUAGUACGAUCGCUGAAACCAUGAUAGCAAAAUUUUGUCGGCCUCUUGUACUUGGCUCCAAGAGAUAUGUUCAUCUUGGUUUGACAAGGACAUGUGCCUUUGAGCCUCAUUGUGUAAUAUUUUGUGGCCCAGUGCAUGGUGUCACUGAGCAGCAUGCCUCUGCUUUUCACGGAGCAUUUAAAAUGUUACAGCAACUAUUUAAAGCAGUUGAUCUGAGUGAUGGAUGUGAAGCACAACCUGAAAACCCAAAUAAUACUUCAAAAGCUGUACAUUGUAGUUGGCAACAGUCAGCUACUCAACAAAAAUUCAUAAUGGAGAAUAUUUCUUGUAAUAGGGAAAAGGUCAAUGACCAACAACUGAAAACAUCUAUGGCUGAAACAGAAAAACAGUUUAUAGACUCUUCUAGCUGGGUAGAUGAAAAUCCAUCAUGUAAUCAAACAGACUUGCAAAAAUCCUCAGACCUAGCCAUGCCCAUUGUAGAAUUAGAGAGUGAUUUUAUGUUUUCAGCUCUAAUUGACAGAGGUAGUUCUGUAAGAGAGCUACAGAAACUGCCACUAAAAUGCAAGCAUCCAAGUGAAAUGUGGGUAAAGAAUAAGAGUGAGCCAGUUGUCAACAACCACAGGAUUUGUAAUGAUGCUAUGACAGCAAUAGAAAACACCAGUACAUCAGUUGUUUCCAAACAGCUGAAUGCUGCUAAGGAGUAUUGGAAACCAGGCAAUCAUAUAGUUCCAUUUAAGUAUGAGAAGAGUUAUAAACACACAGUCCAAAGUUACACCAACUUGGUCAUACAGGCAGGAUCAGUUUUGUCAGUUGGAGGUAACUUUGAGAUCCUGUUACAUUAUUAUCUCCAUUCCUAUGCAAAACAAUGCCAACAACCAAAAAUAACUGUUAUUUCUACUGUAAUUGCUGAUGCAUUGUUAAGCAUUCCAAAAAUCCUUUACAGGACAACAAAAGAGAACAGUUUUACUCAGGUCUAUUUCAAAGCCACUAGUGCACUUCAAACUAAUCAGCAGCUGCCCAUGCAUCAACAAGGUCUAGAAUCAGUGUAUUGUAAAUAUCAGUUAGUAGCUUCUGUUCUUCAUUGUCUUACAAAGCUUCUCACUAUUGAUUUAAUAAUUGGUAUUAAGAGACCACCUCAAAAGACUGAUGAUUCAGAAGAAGAUUUAUGAAAACAACGUUUUUGUUUUUCCUAUGUUGUUACCGGAAGAUUUUGAUUCAAUUAUACUAAGCCAAUGAUGUUACUUUAGAAACACUGCUUUUAAUUUAAAACCUUUAUUUCCAAUUUAUCCAUUUCGGUAUUAAAGCUUGUGGCCCGCCCUAAGGGAUUUUCCCAGGAAAGUCACAGCUAGCCAACUUUCCUUUGAAGGACACCGAUACAGCCCUUCGCUCAAGAAUAGGCAACAAGCAAUAAAUUAUUCGAAAACAAAAAUAUUUAUUUAGAAGUGAAUGGUUACAGUAAAAGAGUAGAGAUAGAAGUAAUAGAGUUACAGUAUAAACAUGAAGCGGCAUCGCAAAUAGACACCGCCCUACAAUUACUGUUUCAAUUAACUAUCACAUAUAACAAUAUGAUCAUUCACUUUAUACCUUAUAACAAUAUUUAUUACGUAUACAAAUUAGGGCUGUCAAGCGAUUAAACAAAUUAAUUGCACAAUUAAACAAUAAUAGAAUACCAUUUAUUUAAAUAUUUUUGGAUGUUUUCUACAUUUUCAAAUAUAUUGAUUUUAAUUAGAACACAGAAUACAAAGUGUACAGUGUUCAUUUUGUAUUUAUUUUUUUAUUACAACCUAAUACUGUAGUGCAAUGUCUUUAUAAUGAAAGUUGAACUUACAGAUUAGCAUAUGCUAUUAGUCACUUGUACAGAAAGCUCCUCCUCUGUCCCAUAGACUUCUAUGGACUCAAUGCAUCCUUAUGGGGUUUUUCAGCUGACCUUUGGAUGAGCACUAGCUAUUUCCUGCCUGGACAUCCCAUUGGUUUCUAUGGGCUACAGUGUAUUCUUAUGGGAUUUUGCUGAGUCAUUCCCCACAAGAAGUGAUGCAAUACUUUGCCUUGAUUGCAUCAUCCCUAUUCAUUUCUGUGGGCUUCCAUGCAUUCCUAUGGGAUGUCCCACUACAUUACCUAAUCCUAUACUAUAGCCGCCAUCACUAUAUUUUCUAAUUUAAACUAUUCUUAAUUUUUAUUUAAUUAAAGCUUUAUUCUUAAAACUAAUUACUAUUCUAAGCAUCCCAAAGGGUCCUGACACUACCACUACUCAUUUUAUAUUCAAUUAAGCAAUUUAAAAUUUUGGCAAAUUUAAACCCUUUUCGAGGUUUUUCUGCGGAUUUCCAAUUUAGAGCUUGGUAAGGCAUUUCGGGCAACUGAGGCAAAAAUAUUUUGUCACAAUGUGUUCUGGUCAAGUCUGGAUGCCCAAAGCUCAGUGCAAGGACAAAUACUUCUUCCCGUAACAAAGAGGGAAGAAAAAGCAGAUCAUUGCAGGUUUGGAUGGCUGUUGAACUCAGCAAAGCAAUUUCUGUUAAUUUAUCAGGCAGGUUUCAAACACAAGCAAAUGUAAUAGUAUGCAUUUAGUGUUAAAUUGAUUCUGGCCCUUUGCACCAUAUUGUGGAUGGUCUUAAGAUUCACCAUUGGGCAGACUUGCACACCUCAUUUUUCACAUUUCAAUAUUUAUGCAAACUAAAUGUGAAUUUUGGUUUCCCUGGCAAGUUACCUGUGGCAUGUGCCAUCAAAACUUUGCAAAGCUAAAGAGCUAGCUUUAACAAUUGUUUAAUAAGUCAAAAUGUCUCUGUAAUUUAUUGACCUUCAUAAGGAGUUGAAUUAAAUAUGAUUUUAAACACUAUGUUGUGUUUUUGUAUACAUUUUCUCUAAUUUUUUCUGGCCACCAUAUUCUUAUAACCCAUUCCACAUCAAUAUGUUCACUGUUAAGACAGCCAUCAGUAGACUCUAGGCCACUGUAGUAUAUUCCUGUAAAUGACUGUCUGACUGAAUAUGAUAUAUAGAAUGUCUAUUCUUUAUCUAAUAAUUUUGAUCAUAGUAGCAAUAGUAGGAAGUAAAUCCACAUUAUGACUGGCCAACAUUUGAUCUGUCAAACUGAUUUUACAUGGUAUUCCUGGCUUCCAAUAUUUUCAGCUAUUCUGGCUCAUGUUCUCGUGUCACUAUAAAAAUAGGCUGAGUGUAGAAGAGAGGCUGUACUAUUAAACUACUAAACAUCUUUUCAAACUGUGUUGAUCAUCAGUUUUCUUCAAGUUUCUCAUCCUAAAACUUACUUGAAGAUUAGACUUAACUUGAUGCCUUAAUUUACCUGUUUUUUUUAACUGUCUACCAUAGUGAUGCAUGGAGGAAAGAGAAUACUGAGUAAAUGGGCAGCUGCAGCUGGGGGAAGUGAUCAUAUUUGUAUCCCUAGUAAUAGUAUUAGAUAUUAAUACUAAUAUCAACAGGGAUUUUAUAAUAAUUAAUUUGAAGUAAUAUUGGAAAUUUAAAAAUCAUAUGUUAUAAACAAAUACUUUUCUCUCUCUUGUCAAUAACCACUUACAUGAUUAAAACUGAAUGUUAGAUUUCUUCAUUUUUUGUGCUGUUUCCCUUUUACAUUUUUCUCAGUAUAUUCAGUGGUGAUUGAUUUGAAGUCUUUUUCACUUUCAGGUUCUCCUACUGCCGUAUUUUGUUUGCAAAUACAGUAGCAAACUUUAUUUUAAAUACAAAUUUCCAUUGGAAUUAAAAAAUCUUGCCAAAAUUUCUAUUAAUUUGGGUUUUGUAAAAGUUUGUUUUACAGCAUGUGAAUUUUGAGCAAAAAUUUAGUUGAUACUGUACCUUGAACUUUAGGAAAUUUGAGAGAGUUAAACUGAAGCAAAAAAAAAGUUGCUUAAACAUAUUGUGGUGAUAAAGUUGAACUUUUUGUUCUACAAAAAAAGGUGAAGCUCAUUGUUUUAAAAUGUGCCCCAAGGCUACCUUCAUGUUUAAUGAAGUGGUAUAGCCCACAUUGAUUACAGGACCCAACAUGCAAUUCUCCAUUUUGACCCCAUCAUGAUGGGAGCUAUAGUCUCUGGGCUGCACUGUCUGAGUAAGAUGAGGGCAGGGCGAAUGACCCCAUUUUAUGCACAUUAGUGUAGAUCAUAAGCUCCAGUAAGUUGUCAGUGCAGCUCUCAUUUGGAAAAAAUGUGGAUGCCUUGGACUGUUCUAACACAAGGGAUAUCAACUGUAAAGACUAGUAAAUAAUGUUUUGUUUUGUUUUAAUUUAGGACCUAGUUCUGCAAUCAUCUCCAUUUGGGUGGACCCCGGCACUUGAUUCAUUUGAAAACAGUGGGUCCCAGCAUAGGCGUGUCUGCCUUUACAGUUCUCAAGGCAGGCUAAAGGUCUAAGUUAUCUUUUGCUAGCAUAGUCAGUUGUUUGUGGGGGGUUUUUAGGAGGAAGUGCUGGAAGAGGAUCACUCUGGCAUCCCCCUAUUGCUACAAAACAUCAUUUGGUCCUUGAAUACACGGUGAUGGGUGCAGUAUAAGUAAAUAGAAAUCACCAUUCUAAAAGACCUUGAAUUACAGAGAACUAUAUGCAGCUCACCCAGCCACUCUGAGUACCUUCUGCUGGCCUUCAAGCUGCAAUCUUGAACUUGGAUUCCAUGGAUUAACCUGAUACUAGAUUACUAAAACAGCCUAACAAGUAUGCAGGUUCCUAUGUAUCUUGUGGAAACUGGUCCACAACUUUGGUGAAGGGCGCGUGAAAUCUGCAGCACUCUGAAGCUUCCACAGAAUAAACAAUUUACGUUUUAAAGUUUGAGUUUUUAUUAAAUAUGAAAAUGAGUAAUACAAUCAGAA